CUUUGAGGCCACCCCUCCCUCUUUUCCCAAUCUCCAUCUCUCAACUUCAACUCUCUCUCCCCCAAUUCCUCAGCAAAUUAACCAAAUCCAAACAUCUUCAGCAGAAUGGCGACCGUAACCCUUGAUCCCGCCUAUGGAUGGGUGCUUCUCGCGGCGACCUCUACAUUCUUCCUCAAUUCAUACCACAGUAUCAACACUGGCAAUUACCGCAAAAAGGCGAAAUGCCCAUAUCCGGCUGCGUACGCACCAGCUGAUAGGACUGACGAGGACGCCCACCGUUUCAACUGCGCCCAGAGAGCUCAUGCCAACUACAUCGAAAAUCAGCCAUCAGCUGUGGCAGCUUUGUUGCUCGCCGGCCUCCGCUUUCCCAUUACUUCCGCGUUGAUGGGUGCAGGCUGGACUGUAUCGAGAUAUAUGUAUAUGGUCGGCUAUUCACAGGGAGGCGAAGGCGGCAAGGGACGUUACAAGGGGAUUUAUUUUUGGUUUUUCCAAGCUGGGCUUGCCGCCUUAGCAAGUUACAAUGGUGUGGCUUUGCUAAUGGGAUGGUAGAGUGAGGGCUGAUCCGAUUGGGAUUAUGGAUGUGGAAUCAAUUUGCAAUUGUGAAUUGCGCAUAGUGAUCCCUGGAACGGUUGGCGAUCGAGGGUUUUGCGCUGGGGAUCAAUCAACAAAUCGAAAUCAAAACGCCUGGAAAGUAUUGACAACGAAGUAUCUUUCUAUGUCUUUUCCGAAGCCUGCACCUUAAGCGCCAUACGAAAUUUGAAAGCGCAUUCUUGGGGAAACUUUGUAGUGGCAUAUUUUAGCAGAAUAUUGGCCCUUUGACUUCUGGAUUUCGUUUCCUUCAACUAUGCAGUCAAGCUUUGGUUUUUUUAAUGCGUACCUCUCUGGGAUUUUCAAGUGGACUCCUAAGGAUUUCUGGCUGGUGAUAGAAGCACUUGCGAUUUGAAGUCGCACAUUUUUGCAUGUGAUAGGAGUUUCGAGACAGAUCAGAAUUUUUUGGCCUCACUCAAAAGAAGCUUGGAG